UAUUACUCUGUGUCAUUUUCUAUUUGUGAGUCCUACUCAACUCUCGAGUCACUCAUACGCAGCAACUCCUGUGUAUAUCUACCCAGGGGCUUCUGUCUCAAUCCCUUCUCUUCUUUCUUCCUUGGUUCUAUGCGUGCUUUGGCUUGCUUCUCUAGAGCCACUUCUCUUCAGCCUUGCCACUUUGUGCGACAUUUCACAUCUGCCACUUUUGUCAGAGCAAAAUUCCAGCCGCCCAAACUAGACCUCAAGAUGGCAGAGAGCACGACCAAGACUGGCCAGCCACUAGAUCGCGUGGUUCUAGAAUCUGUUCUACGCCGACGACUCUUCUACACGCCCUCAUUCGAAAUCUACGGCGGAGAGCGCGGGCUUUUUGACUACGGACCACCAGGAUGCGCCCUGCAAGCCAACGUCGUCGAUCUUUGGCGGAAACACUUCGUCCUGGAAGAAGACAUGCUGGAGGUUGACUGUACCAUGCUUACUCCAGAGGCAAUCCUCAAGACCAGUGGACAUGUCGACAAAUUUGCAGAUUGGAUGUGCAAAGAUCCAAAGAGUGGGGAAAUCUUCCGUGCAGACCAUUUGGUGGAGCAGGUCCUCGAGGCGAGGCUGAAAGCCGACAAAGACGCACGCGGUCAAGCGGUCGAAGUUGACGAGGCGAAAGAGGCCAAAAAGAAGAAGAAGGUCAAGGACACAAAGAUUGAGAAGCUUGACGAUGCCCUCGUCCAAGAGUAUGAGGAGACCCUGGCAAAGAUUGACAAUUAUGGAGGAGAUGAGCUUGCCGAAUUGAUCAAGAAAUACAACAUCAAAGGUCCUACUACUGGAGCAGAACUGGAGCCACCGAGAGCUUUCAACCUCAUGUUCCAAACCCAGAUCGGACCCAGCGCCGACAAACCCAACGGAUAUCUUCGUCCAGAAACGGCUCAAGGACAGUUCCUGAACUUCCAGAAGCUCCUCGAAUUCAACCAGCAAUCGAUGCCCUUUGCGUCUGCUUCCAUCGGAAAGUCCUUCCGAAACGAAAUCUCCCCACGCUCCGGGCUUCUGCGUGUCCGCGAGUUCUUGAUGGCCGAAAUCGAGCAUUUUGUGGAUCCCGAAGGUGGGAAGAAGCACCCUCGCUUCGAAGAUGUCAAAGACACAAAGUUAUCUCUCCUGAACAGAAAGACCCAACUCGGGGGAAGCACAAAAACCGACGUGGUGACUAUUGGGGACGCUGUGGCUUCUGGACUGGUAGAUAACGAGACUCUUGGCUACUUCCUCGUCAGGAUACAGGACUUUUUGCUUAAGCUCGGGAUUGACCAGACCAAGUUGAGGUUCAGACAACACAUGGCCAAUGAAAUGGCUCAUUAUGCUGCUGACUGUUGGGACGCUGAACUCUUCACCACAUACGGCUGGAUUGAAUGCGUUGGGUGUGCCGACCGAAGCGCCUACGAUCUGACUGUCCACAAGGAAAAGACUGGAGCACCUCUCGUUGUGCGCGAAACUCGAGCCCAACCGCUGGUAGUCGAGGAGUAUGAAGUUGACCUGGAACGCAAGAAGCUUGGACCUAAAUUCCGCAAGGAUGCAAAGGCCGUCGAAGCCGCCGUGGAUGCACUUUCCCAGGAUCUGCGCGAAAAGCUUGCGUUAGAGUUGGAGAAGUCUGGGAAAAUUGAGAUCGACACACCUGGUGUCGGAAGUGGACGAACGGAGCUUGACAAAGAUCUGAUCAAGAUUGAAAAGAGGAAACGAACAGAACAUGUCCGCGAAUACACCCCGAACGUCAUCGAGCCAUCCUUUGGUAUUGGGCGAAUUCUCUACAGUCUCAUGGAACACGUCUUCUGGGUCCGCGAAGGGGAUUCUGCUCGUGGAGUAUUGUCCUUCCCCCCUAUGGUGGCUCCCACCAAAGUCCUCCUUGUCCCGCUCUCUGGCCACGCGGAUUUCAAACCCUUCAUCAAGAAAUUGACCGCUCGUCUCCGCCGAAUCGGAGUCGCCAAUAAAGUCGACGACUCCUCUGCAAGCAUUGGCAAGAGGUACGCUCGUAACGAUGAGUUGGGGACACCGUUUGGGAUCACGAUUGAUUUCCAGACGGUCAAAGAUGGGUCGUUGACGCUGAGAGAGAGAGAUUCCACGAAGCAAGUGAGGGCGAGCGAGGAUGAGAUCAUCGCUGCGGUCAAGGCUUUGGUUGAUGGGGAGGAGACCUGGGAAGAUGUCGUCAAGAGGUUGCCUGCCUUUGAAGGGCAAGAAGUGGAGUGAGUGAAUGAACUGAGAGAAGGAGAAGGAAGUGACCAAGCAACGGCAGGGAGAAGUGCCCUAGCUGCGUGAGAUAUUGUGUCCGUGUUUCUUGAGAUACCCCUGGGACCUUUGAUGGUGCCAUCUUUGAUUUCCUGCCAGAAAACUAGAUAGCACCUCGGAGAUGGUGGCCAAAGCACCGUGGCGGGAAAUGCUAGGCCAUGGACUCCAACUUACGUGUAUGAAUGAGAAAAUGUAAGAAGAUGAAGCCAUGUAUCCCCAACCAGGAAUUUGGCUUUGGUUAUUCUGCGUUUCUUCCGUCCUAGACCAUCCCC